UGUCAGGAUUUCGGUGUUCGGCUAUGCUCGAAAUAUAAUUACUUUCUUAUUUACCCGUAAACCUACCGUGAUAUUAAAUAUGUUUCGAAAAACGCGAGUUCUACUUAUGUUUAGCGGGUUGCUUAUCAACAUCUGUGUUUGUGUCGGACACGUAAGUGAUAGUCCACUAGCGCCAACUUCACCAGAUCUACUUUAUAUAAAGGCUCUAGGGCAGACUGGAAUCUUAACGAAAAUACCAAAUAUAACAAGUGAGUUUAGCUCUAGAAUAUUCAAUUCUUUCCGCGUACUGCCGUCGCUAAAACAAAUAGCAACUCGGUCGACAACGAGGCGCCAAAGCCCCAAAAAUAUUGCGUAUUUCUCUGAGCUUUCAAAUCGAAGACGAGUGCCGCGAAAGGCUUCUGCCGACAUGCUCAGUCGCAAUAUCUCAAUGAUUUUGGAGAACCUACUGAAGCGCUACGAACAGUCGCAACUACCCACUCACGGACAAGGAGUGCCGACCGUGGUGCAGACCAACAUUCUGAUUCGCAGCAUGGGACCUGUUUCGGAGCUGGACAUGGACUACUCGAUGGACUGCUACUUCAGACAGUAUUGGCGGGACAAACGUCUGAGCUUCAAGGGGCCCAUCAAGAGCCUGUCCCUCAGCAUUAAAAUGCUUGACAAGAUUUGGCGCCCAGACACCUAUUUCUACAACGGCAAGCACUCACAAAUUCACAUGAUAACCGUCCCCAACAAACUGCUUAGACUUGACCAAAACGGAGGGAUUCUUUAUUCGAUGCGACUAACAAUCAAGGCUACGUGUCCCAUGGAGCUGCAAAACUUUCCAAUGGACAGACAAUCAUGCCCCCUUGUAAUUGGAAGUUAUGGAUAUAUCAACCAGCAGCUAAUCUACGAAUGGAAAAAUCAAGAUGAUGCCGUCUCCUUCGUGCCCGGGAUGACUUUAAAUCAAUUUGAUCUCAUCAGCAUGAUGCAUCGCAAUUUUACUACGGUGCGUCGUGAAGGCGACUUUUCAGUCUUGCAUGUGGCAUUUAAUCUCAAACGUCACACUGGAUAUUUCCUGAUUCAAGUGUACGUGCCCUGCAUACUGAUCGUGGUAUUGUCCUGGGUCUCGUUUUGGAUACAUCGCGAGGCCACGAGUGACAGGGUCAGUCUUUGUGUGACGUCGGUACUUACCCUAUCUACCAUUAGUCUGGACUCUCGAACAGACCUGCCAAAAGUGAAAUAUGCCACGGCCCUAGAUUGGUUUCUGUUGAUGAGCUUUCUCUAUUGCAUUGCCACACUGUUGGAAUUCGCAGGAGUCCACUACUUUACCAAGCUGGGCAGCGGGGAGAGUCCCCAAAUGGAGGAGCAGUGGGAGGACAUCUGUAUUGCCAACGAGCUAUCGGAUCACGCCGCCGAGGAUGCUGACCAAUUUGCAGACGAGGAGGACACAAGUGAUGGCACCGAAAAUGACGAGAACGAGGGGGGUGUUAGUGAAUCGAUUGACUCUAAAAAUGGUGUCUGCGUUUGCAAAAAACGCGAUGCCUUGGGCCUAGAAUACGAUGGUUUUCUGAGUCGCGAAGCUAUAUUUUGUCCAACAUAUAAUAACCCAUCGUAUAUCCUGCCGGCCACCAUGGAGAGCACCACUCAAACGGAGCCUCCGGCUGUUUCCCGGCUGCACCAGAUGUGGAUGUGCCUGAAGAGCGACAAUAGUUUCCGGAAACAAAGAGAACGCAACGCAGCGGCGCAAAAAAGCGAACAAGGGGGCGCCAACUGUUAUGUGAACAGUGUGUCCUUAAUAGAUCGUGUUGCCCGAGUUGCCUUCCCCAUGUCCUUUGCAUUCCUCAACCUUUUGUACUGGCUGACUUAUGGAAUGUAUAAAAAAGAGUUCUCAUGGUCUAACAUGAAGGCAUAA